CUGGUUCAGUUAUUUACAAGUGAACAAUAAGACGAGGGUCAGGGUCUCUUCUACAGUCACUCAUUAACGUCCACACUCGUCCUCCCGUCCUCCUGUCCUCUCACUCCUCCUUCAGACUUCAGACUGGUGUUUUAUUUUUCAGGGUUUGGACGUGAGGAUCUGUUGUUGUUGUUGUUGUUGUUGUUGUUGGAGAAAAUGGGAUUCGCCGACCUACUGGAGGAGGUGGGGGGGUUCGGCAGGUACCAGUGGCUCCAUGUGACUCUGAUCAGUUUACCUGGUUUGAUGAUGGCGAGUCAGAACCUGUUGAACAACUUUGUCUCAGGGAUUCCCGUCCACCACUGCAGCCUCCCGGCCAAUCACAGCCUGCGCAACCUGUCGUAUCACUACCAGAUGGAUGAGAACCAGCUGCUGAAAGCUUUCAUCCCUCCGGAUGUUUCUGGAAAUCGACUCGACCGCUGCAGGAGGUAUGUUGAACCUCAGUGGCAGCUGUUAGCAGCUAACAGUUCAGCUAAUGUUAGCCACCUCCAGACUGAAAGCUGUGUGGACGGAUGGACGUUUGACAGCUCAGAGUUUACUGCCACUACCGUUUCCGAGUGGAGUCUGGUCUGUUCCCUACGUCCUCUUAAACAGAUGAUCCAAACCAUCUAUAUGGGAGGAGUUUUGGCUGGAGCCAUUAUCUAUGGUGGCCUGUCAGACAGGUUUGGGAGACGGUCUGUGCUUAUUUGGUCUUACCUGCAACUGGGUGUGCUUGGCUGUAGCUCCGCCCUCUCCCCUUCAUAUUCAGCUUACUGCAUUUUUAGGUUUCUGAGUGGGAUGGCGGUUUCUGGAGUCAUCCUCAACGGAGUCUCACUGAAGGUGGAGUGGAUCCCUACUAAAACCAGGACAUUAGUGGGCACGCUCACUUCCUUCUUCUUCACUUUCGGUCAGAUGAUCCUGGCGGGGCUUGCCUAUUGGCUGAGAGACUGGAGGAAGCUGCAGGUGGUCGUCUGUGCUCCUCAAUUCCUGUUCUUCGCCUACAGCUGGUGGUACUCGGAGUCAGCUCGUUGGCUGGUUCUGAAUCGUCAGCCUGAGAAAGCCUUGAAGAGUCUUCAUCGAGUUGCCCGAAUUAAUGGAAAACCAGAGAUGAUCAACAAGUUGACAUUGGAGGUGCUCCACUCUCAUAUGCAUAAAGAGAUUGAGUCGAGUCGUGAGUCGUUCACAGCCUUCGACCUGCUGAGGACCAGAGGGAUGAGACGAAUCUCCAUCUGUCUGGUUGCCGUCUGGUUUGCCACCAGUUUUGCUUAUUAUGGUUUGGCCAUGGAUCUGCAGAAGUUUGGGGUGAGUAUUUACCGGAUGCAGAUCAUCUUUGGAGCCGUAGAUAUUCCGGCCAAGCUGUUUGCUCUGGGAAUGCUCAGUUACCUGGGGAGGCGCUUCUCUCAGGUGUUCUGUCUCCUCAUGUCGGCCGUUAUCAUCUUUGCCAACAUCCUCGUCCCUACAGAGUUGCAGACCGUCAGGACUACGCUGGCCUGUCUGGGUAAAGCGUUCACAUCAGCGUCUUUCACCACCGUCUACCUGUACACCGGAGAGCUGUACCCCACUGUGAUCAGACAGACAGGAAUGGGCUUCGUCUCCACCAUGGCCAGAGUCGGCAGCAUGGCGGCCCCGGCCGUCCUCAUCUUAGACGAGAUACUUCCUGCCCUUCCCAGUUUGGUUUAUGGGGGGGCAGCAGUACUCGCCGGCUGCUUCGGAUUUUUCCUCCCGGAGACCCUCAACAUGCCGCUACCAGACACCAUUGAAGACGUGGAGGAGAAAUGGUCUGGAAGAAGCCCCGCCUCCCAACAGAAAGAGGAUGUGUGUCUAAAGGAAGUCUCCACGGAUGAUGUCACGUUACAAGGGGGCGUGGUCUCAAAGGAAGCCAUGGCUUUAAAGGAGAUAAAGGAAGAAGGGGCCGGCCUCAAUGCUCUCUGACCAAUCAGGAGUGUCAGUGAAAAGUUUUUCCUGUUACAGAAAAUUUAUUAUUCAUAGAAAAUAUUUAAAAUCAGUCAAAAUCAAUAAAAAUGUGAUUGAUUGAUCAGAAAUGAACAAAGAUGUAAAUCAGGUUAAAUCAGUAACCAAUGACCAAAGUGACUGGAACCAAUGAAAUUAACUGACCUCAGGUUUUUGUAGGAACCAUUUUGACAAUGUGAGGAAAAAACUCAAAGUGUUGUCAUGAAUUAAAACCCUGAUUUACUCUGA